AUGACGCAAAGGCUUGAGCAGCAAGUUGGUGCUGCGGAGGCAAUGUCCAAAGCCACGGCUGCACCUGACACGCACACGCACACGCACACGCACACGCACACGCACACAAACGCCCUGAAACGAGUGCUCGAGCCUGAGCCGGAAACUGCUCCUCCCACAACCGCCGCUUGCUCCACCGGCAACAACGGCGAACCAGCCAAAGAAGCAUCCACAUCCAAACGAGCACGCUUCGACAACGCCAUCAACAAGGACGGAAAGAACAAGUGGGAGCGUCGAGAUCGACGUGGCACCGGUCGAGCCCAAGAUAACGAGUCACCGUCCACCUGCGAAGCGUCUGCGUCAACGGAUCGUCUACCGAAACGCAAGGUCGCCGUCAAGUUUGGCUACUGCGGAAUCGGAUAUUCCGGGCUGCAGAUCAACCCGGGCGUCAAGACAAUCGAGGGCGACAUCUUCGAUGCGUUCUGCACUGCCGGUGCCGUCUCGUCCGACAAUGCAGUCAACCCAAACAAGGUGGGACUGCAACGGGCCGCUCGUACAGACCGCGGUGUGCAUGCGGCGGGCAACCUGCUCAGCCUGAAACUCAUUCUGCAGCCGCAAGGCUUGAAACCCGGCGAAACGUUGGUCGACAAGGUCAACGAGCUGCUCCCGCCGUUUAUCCGGAUCUGGGGCGUGACUCGCGUGCAGAACGGAUUCAACGCUAGGCAGAGCUGCGAUAGCAGAAUGUACGAGUAUCUGCUACCGACCUACGUGUUCAUCCCGCCCAAGCCGGGGUCUACGAUGCACGACAUGUUGGUGCGCAUCCGUCAACAGGAGCUCGCUAGACUGAGCGAGUCGGAAGCGCACGUCUCAACCACAUGCUUGGACGAAAUCAUCGACCAUCCCUUUUGGAAAUCACACGGCACAACGUCCGAGUUCAGUGUCGACAUGGCCGCUAAGAAGCAGUACCGGCUGACGCCCGCACACCUCGCCAAGAUCCGCUCGAUCUUCAACCGGUUCCUCGGUUCGCACAACUUCUACAACUUUACUGUCGGCAAGGAGUUCCGCGAUCGGUCGUGCCAAAGGUUCAUGAAGAAACUCACGAUUUCCGAGCCCAAGAUGAUCCAGGGCGUCGAGUGGCUGAGCAUCAAGUUCCACGGUCAGAGUUUCAUGCUGCACCAGAUUCGCAAGAUGAUCGGCUUGCUGGUCUUGAUCGGUCGAACGGGAGCGGCCGAGCGGUUGGUGGACGAGUGUUUCGGCCCCGCUCGCGUCCAUAUUCCCAAAGCACCCGGACUGGGACUGUUGCUGGAAAUGCCCAUCUUCGACGCAUACAACACGCGCAUCCGCAACAACAACGACAAAAUCACCAAGCUCAUCAAGAAGAAAACCCGGGCGGUCAACACACACCCCGAAGACGCCUCGCAAACAGGUAAUGCUGCUUGCACGUUGUCAGACGAACUGCGCGACGCUAUCACCUACAACGACCACACAUCCCAAAUGCAACACUUCAAGCAGCAGUGGAUCUACGACCGAAUCAUCGCCACCGAACAGGAAACAAACGAGUUCGGCAAAUGGCUCAACUACCUCGACGUCUUCCAAGGCCCCGACUUCGAAUUUCUCAACCCCAGAGGCGUCAUCCCCAGCCAAGCCAUCGUCAAGGUCGGAGAGUUUCACCGUCAUCACUCGAUCAAACGUCGUCCUGAUUCCAUGCUACACACGCCGCCCAUUCCCGACACCGAGAAUCCAUCGCAAUCCCACAACCACAACCACAACCACAACGACGACGACGACGACAACCACAACGACAACGACGACGAGGACGCAGAGGCGUACGCUAAGAAAGGCGCCGAACUGGACGAGUAUGAGGGUUGA